AUGGCGCUCUCGGUGGACAAGCCAGAGAAGCGCCGCAGGCUCGCACGGGAGCAGAGCCAGCUGACGGCGCUCCUCGAGCAGGUCGUCGGCGAGGAGAACAGGAAUGCAUCGCGGGAGGUCUGCUUGGUGACUCUGCCGCACGCGGACAAGGAGGGUCUCAAAGCGCCAGCGGCUUUCUCGCGGGCGGAGGUUCGCGACGCUUUCCUGGACUGCUGCGGCGCCCCGGACGCCGACCCCGCGUGGCUCGCCAGCCAACGCGGGCAGGGGGCCGCGCCCGUCGGGGUCAAGAAGCCGGUGGCAUUCAAAGAAUACCACGUGCCAGUGGCAGGCGUCCGGCGGGCGCACUACCACGCGGCCUUGCACCUGGGCAAGGAGAGCAAGUUUCUGACCGUGAAGCCGGCCUUGCUCAACAGGACCGCGCGGGAGCAGGUCGAGGGCGAGAAUGGGAAGCCAGAGCCUUGCGUCGAGGAAGUGGACCUCUGGCCGAUAGUGGUCAGGUCUGGGAUGCGGAAUUCUCCGGUGGCUGCCUGGAUGUUCAAGAACGAGCGCAUGCUGGAGAAGAUCAUCGACGAGGCCUGGGCGUGGGGGAACGUGGACAGCUUCCUCGAAGACGCGACGAAACCCGUCAUGCAACAGUUCAAGGAAGCCCUACGGACGCCUUGCGUUUGCGGCAGCCGCGGGUUGCACCACGUCCGCGAGAGCCUGUCGACGAAUCGCGUCGACGUCCCCGACCUGCGCAGCAGCAUCUUGAUGUCCUUGAAGCACGGUCGCUCCGAGGCGGCCCCGCUGGGCACCUUGGCUGGGAGAGGCUGGGCGGGGGGGCAGUUUUGCCUCCACGGCUUGGACAAGGCUACGGUCGCGGUGCUGGACGAGUGGAUCUUCAUCGAUGAAGACCUCCCCCUGUCCAUCCAGCUCCUGUGGCUGGAGGGCAAGCCCGUGCCCAUCACUAUGCCCCAGAACCAACACGUCGGGCACAAGGUGUACAUGGGGUCCGCCCCAAUUUUUGUUACCUGCCCCGAGACGGCGCUGGCGGGCCUCUUGUCCGAGUCGUCGCACGCCCGCAGGGGCAGGCCGGCAAGCUGCUCCGGCGGCUGA